GCUCAGAUCGGAGUUUUCUCCUGUUCCCCAGUAAUAUAGACUCGGCGCCAGUGUUCGUUCAAAGCUAAGGCGGUUUCAAACAUUUCACUGCCAGUGUCUUCUGCCUCUACUCGUACUAGUAAGGCUCUCACUGGACUCCGUCCUCGUAUGAUAGCAAGCGAGACUACGCCUCUGGUCCUUGCAGAGGCCCCAAAGCCUAAAACACCACUUCCAAAGCUCCAGUUGGGCAUACUUUUAACGAUACAACUCGCGGAAGGCAUCACUUCCACGUCUAUAUUCCCAUACAUUAAUCAGCUUAUCAGCGAACUUGGAAUUACUGGGGGUGACGAUGCGGUUGUAGGAUAUUAUGCUGGAAUCAUUGAAUCUCUUUUUUUCGUCGCGCAGGCACUGACGGUACUGAGGUGGAGUAGGUUGUCUGAUCGCAUUGGGCGCAAGCCCGUGUUGGUAAUUGGUCUCUCAGGUGCUUGCAUUUCGAUACUGUGUUUCGGCCUCUCAACGACCUUCUGGAGUCUUGUCAUUAGCCGCUGCAUGUGCGGUUUUCUAAAUGGCAACGUUGGAGUUAUGAAGACUAUGAUGGGUGAAUUGACGGACUCCUCAAAUAUGGCUCAGGCUUUUGCGUUGAUCCCGACCGUCUGGAGCCUUGGAGGCUUCCUUGGUCCUUUGAUGGGAGGAACUCUUGCGCGACCGCAGGAUCAUUGGCCCGUAAUAUUCACCAAUCCAUUUUGGAGAAAUUACCCAUACUUUCUGCCUUGCGCAGUAGCAGCCUGUGUGCUCUUUCUGGCCCUUUUCACGAUGGCAUUCUUCUUAGAAGAAUCAUUACCAACAAAGCGUCGACCAAAGUUGACAUCAGUCACGCUUGACGUUUCGAGCGGUGAAUCACUGCCUCAAUGUCCUAUGGCAGACAUCUCUUUGCGAUCUUUGCUCACACCUACCGUUGUUAUCCCAAUUGCCAACUAUGCCAUGUUUGCUUUCCUUGAAAUUUCUCGCAGGGCUCUCGUGCCGCUGUUCUUUUCGACACCUACCUACCUUGGUGGUCUUGGAUUUGAUCCUUCAUCUAUUGGCUCGUGGCUAGCCUUGUUCGGGAUCAUGGAUGGUGUCUUUCAGGCAUUGCUGUUUGCCAAACUUGUCGACUGGCUUGGUCCAAAGCGUCUAUUUAGUGUGUCAGUGUCGGCAUACGCAUUGCUCAUGGUUAUGUUGUCGAUAAUGUCGUGGCUUGUACGCGCAAGGGGGGGAGUUGAUUAUGCAGUUACCUUUGCUUUACUUUUCCAAUUAGUUCUGUCAGUCAUAUGUAGUAUGGGACUUGGGACCCUCUUGAUGUUUAUCACAGCUUCUGCCCCUACAAAGAAUGCGCUUGGCGCCAUCAAUGGUCUUGGUCAAACAUCCUCAUCGGUUGCUCGUGCCGUUGGGCCUGCCUUUGCGACUUCGCUUUUUGCUGCAUCAAAGGAACAUAAUCUUCUCGGAGGAAAUGCAGUAUUCGUCAUCUUGUUUAUGCUGGCUGGUGCGUUGAUAUGGUUGGGGUCGCAACUGCCAGAUGAAAUAAAAGAUAGGGAUGAGUGAAAGGCCAGCACCUCUGAAUCCUUUUACGAUUGUCAGCUCAGCAUGUAUGUGGUACCUAGAUGC